CCUUCUGACGGCGAACCAUGAAUAUCUUCUCUCUUCAAUAAAGAAGAUAAUCGGCAAACCCCAUUGAUGAAAUCAAAUAAAUUCAGAGAAUUUGUCCACUAUUACUGAGUUUACUCACUCAUAAUGAAACCAUUUGCUCCUAAGCUCUAUUGUAUUAUUAACCUCGUCUCUCUGUUCUUCUGCUGGUUGUUAUCGCCUUCAUUCAACCCGGCCGUCUAUGGCCUGAGUUCCGAUGGAGAAACAUUAUUAUCCCUCUCAACUCACUGGAUCUUCACUCCUCCGUCUCUCAAAACCAGUUGGAAUGCUUCAGAUUCAACCCCAUGUUCUUCCUGGCUAGGUGUUCAAUGUGACCGCCACAACCGCCAUGUCAUUGCUUUAAGCCUCUCAAACUAUCAAAUCUCCGGCCAAUUGGGUCCCGAAUUAGCCAACUUAACUCGCCUCGAAUCGAUUGAUCUUAGCUACAAUUCCUUCUCCGGCUCCAUUCCCUCCAAUUUGGACAAUUGCACUCUUCUUCAAGAACUUUAUCUCUCCAACAACUUCUUUUCCGGCUCUAUCCCGGUUACUCUUGGGAAAUUGCAGAGAUUAAACACCCUGGCCCUGCAAUUCAACUUCCUAACAGGCUCGAUUCCAAUGGGUCUGUUUGGAAUUCCACAAUUAGAUGCUCUUUAUCUGAAUUCCAACCAACUUCAAGGUUCAAUCCCGGUAACAGUUGGGAAUGCCACCGCAUUGUCUGCAUUUUGGGUAAGUAACAAUAAUUUAUCUGGAGAAAUUCCAUUAUCUAUAGGAAAUUGCAGCAAUCUUCAAGAACUGUAUUUGAGUAAUAACCAAUUGAUUGGUGGGUUGCCGGAGACCAUAAACAGACUACUAGAUAAACUUGUUUCUUUAGAUGUUAGUCAUAAUAAUCUAGACGGUAACAUUCCCAUUGGAGAUGGUUCUUCCUCUUGUAACCACAUCGAAAAUUUAGGACUGUCUUUCAACCGUUUUGUCGGUAAUCUUCCAUCAUCUUUGGGUAAUUGUAGUAAUCUAGUUCAAUUGGGGGCUGCCUAUUGUCGUUUUACUGGUCAUAUCCCUUCCUCUCUCGGCUUACUUACUAAGUUAACGACUCUUUACCUCUCUGGAAACAGUUUUCGUGGCGAAAUUCCUACCGAUCUUAGCAACUGCAGAUCCCUGGUGAACCUAAGUCUGUUGGAGAAUCAACUUCAGGGGGAAAUUCCUAGUGGAUUCGGAAACCUGCAAAAUUUACGCAAUUUCUUCUUAUAUUCAAAUGGGUUAACAGGUCAAUUACCCACAAACUUCUGGAAAAUUCCCAGCCUUGAAAAUGUUCUAGUUUACAACAAUUACCUUUCAGGUGAGCUGCCUUCUGAGAUGUCUGAAUUGAAGCAAUUGAGAAACGUUUCUUUGUUUAAUAACAGGUUUUCUGGUGUCAUACCUUAUGAAUUAGGAGUAAACUCCAAUUUGACGCAGCUCGACUUUACCAAUAACUCAUUCACAGGUGAAAUUCCUCCAAAUCUUUGUUUGAACAAGCAGUUGAGGAAGCUGAAUAUGGGUUUUAACUUUCUUCAAGGCAGCAUACCUUCGGAUGUAGGACUCUGUUCUAGCCUGACCAGACUUAUACUCAAAGAGAACAACCUUUCUGGAGUUGUUCCGUUUUUCGUGGAGAACAAAAACCUUUUAUACAUGAAUCUUGGUGGUAAUAGCUUGUCGGGCAUGAUUCCUUCCAGCUUGGGGAACUUAUCUGGCAUUACAGAGAUUGAUUUUUCAAUGAACAAGCUGUCAGGUGUUGUGUCAUCUGAAUUAUUUGGAAACAUGGUUAAUCUUGAAAGAUUGAAUCUUUCUUACAAUCGGUUAGAAGGUUUGUUGCCAUCUGAUCAACUGUCAAACUGUACCGAAUUGUUUGACCUUGAUUUGAGUUACAAUCUUUUCAAUGGCUCUAUACCCUCUUUUGCUUUUAGAAGCUUGAAGAAGUUGUCUACACUGAAUCUCAAUGGUAACAAACUAGUUGGAGGUCUUCCUGCUUUUUUGUUAUUUGAAAUUGAUUCCCUUUUGAAUCUGCAGUUGGGCGGGAAUAUGUUGGGUGGGAGCUUUCCUUCGUUCGAAAUGGAAGCAACACAACAUCAUUUGAAAAGACUAAAUGUUAGCUGGAAUGGUAUGACAGGUGAGAUUAAGGAACUAGGAAGAUUGAGUGAAUUGGAGGAGUUGGACAUAUCUCACAACAAUUUGACAGGGACUUUGUCUUACAUUGGUGGAACCGGGCCCAAGUUUGUUAAACUGAAUGUUUCUUACAACCAUUUCAGUGGCCAGAUACCUGAAACAUUGUUGAAGGUUGCCAAUUCAUUCCCUUAUUCUUUUGUUGGGAAUUCAGGUCUUUGUUUGAUAUGUCUUCUUCCUACAAUCAACAACUCAAGUUGCCAUGAAAAUCCCAUAUUAAAGUCUUGCAGCCGGAAAACACCUUCUUCUUCUACUACUAAAAUUGUUUUGAUAGCUAUUGGAUCGUCAGUUGUUCUCAUCAUCAUCCUUGUAGGAUGUUUCAUGUGUUUCUUUCAGAGGAAGAGGAAGAACCGAGAUGAUAGUAACUUGGUAGAUGAAGAAGAGGGUGCAUCCUCUGAACUGAAUAGAAUAAUGUUAGCUACUGAGAAUCUGGAUGAUAAAUACUUGAUUGGAAAAGGCGCCCAUGGAAAGGUAUAUAAAGUUUCCCUCCCAAGUCCAGAUCAUGUUAAACAAGAGGGUGUGGUGCAUUAUGCUGCAAAGAAGCUGGUUUUUUCAGGAUCAGUAAGAAAAAGUAUGGUGAGGGAGAUCGAGACAGUUGGGAGGGUGAGGCAUAGAAACCUCGUGAAGUUGGAAAAUUUCUGGUUGAGAAAGGAAUACGGUUUGAUCUUAUACCAAUAUAUGGAAAACGGAAGCCUUCAUGAUGUGCUCCAUGAGAUAAGUCCACCUCGGAACUUGGAGUGGAAUGAACGUUAUAGAAUUGCAUUUGGAGUAGCUAAUGGAUUGUCGUAUCUUCACCACGAUUGUGAUCCUCCGAUAGUGCAUAGGGAUAUCAAACCAAUGAAUAUAUUGUUGGAUUUGGACAUGGAGCCUCAUAUAUCUGAUUUUGGCAUAGCCAAACUUCUUCUUCUUGAUCAUGAUCAAUCCACAGCCCCAAUUCAAUCCAAUGCAGUUCUAGGCACAAUUGGCUAUAUAGCACCAGAAAAUGCAUUUAGCAUCAACAACUUUAGCAUAAAAUCAGAUGUGUAUAGUUUUGGAGUGGUCUUGUUGGAGUUGAUAACAAGAAAGAAGGUAUUAGAUCCAUAUUUCUCCGACAAAUCAGGAUCUUCAUCAGGGGACAUAGUAGGUUGGGUGAGAUCUGUAUGGAGCAGCACUACUCAAGAAGAAGUAGAACAAGUAGCAAUGAGGAUAGUGGAUUCAAGUAUGAUGCUGCUGAUCAAAAAUCAUGAAUUGUUGGAUAAAAUAAUUGAAGUACUUGUGUUAGCUUUGAGAUGUACAGAGAAGGAACCAAAACAAAGACCCACAAUGAGAGAAGUAGUGAAGAUGCUUCAGCAUGCUAAAUACUGACCAGAUAGACAACAAACAUCCAAAUUCAAAAGCGAAAUUU